AAAAAUAUAAAAGUGGUGGAACUGCGAUUAAAAUUUUAAUUAUUUAUUUAAUAACUCUAGUAAUAUCGGUUAAACGAUAGCAUUUGCACUCUCUUCAAUUAAUUUAAAUUUAAUUUAGGUUCGUCAUGUGUUUCGUCACUCUAAUGUAAUCUUAUCUAAUUUAUAAGUCAGUGAUUUGAAUAGUUGAACAAUAAUCAUCUCAACAUAUUAUUUAACUGUACAAUUUAUUACCGCUUUAUUGAAUCAUCAAUCACAGCCAAACAUGAUUUUAGAAAUAAUGCUAGGAGUUGUAGCAGCCAGUUCCCUAACUGCCCUGUGCGUAGUCAGCUUAAAAUUGUAUAUAAAAUUAACCACAGGAAUGUGCAAGAGUCAAGUUUGUUUAGUGGGAAAAACCGCGUUAAUUACAGGCGCUAAUACAGGUAUUGGUUACGAAACUGCCAUCGAUUUCGCUAAAAGAGGAGCCAAGGUAAUCCUAGCGUGCCGUGAUGAGAAUAAAGCCAAAGAGGCUGUAAAUAGAAUUAUAAAAGAAACCCACAAUUCUCAAGUUGUGUACAAGCUUGUAGAUCUCACAAGUUUCACGUCCGUUAGAAAAUUCGCUAUGGACAUUAAUAACACCGAAGAAAGAUUAGACAUAUUGGUGAAUAACGCAGGAGCAGCGAGAUUGGGCAACACUGUAACCGAAGAUGGAAUCGAUGCAGUGUUGCAAACGAAUUAUUUCUCUCAUUUCUUACUAACAAUGUUAUUAGUAGAUCUCAUGCAAAAAUACCCCAGUAGAAUCGUAAACGUGGCUGCAUGGGGAGCCAGUCUAGGAAAAAUCGAUUUCCGCAAACUAACUUCAUUUGAAACCGAAGCUAAACAGUAUAUAACUUCUAAGCUAUGUCAAGUAUUGUUUACGAUAGAGUUUGCGAGAAGAUACAAAGAUACGAACAUUACAGCGUAUUCUCUGCAUCCCGGAGUAAUAAAAACUGAGAUUUUCAGGAAUUUGACUCCUGUUCUAAGGAGUACUAUACUAGUUUUUAUAGACAUAUUUUUUAAGACAGUAACAGAAGGGGCCCAAACGCAGAUUUAUUGCGCCAUCGAAAACGGACUAGAGAAAUACAGUGGAGAACAUUUCCAAGAUUGUAGAAAUAUUAAGAGAUACAAAAGCGCCAGAGAUCCUGAUGUAGCGAAGAAAUUGUGGGAGGAAAGCGAACGAAUCGUAAAAUUGAAAACCUACGAGGAGCGCAUAUAAAGAAUAUAACUAGUGGAAGUUUACUUCAAAUUAUAUUACUAAUACAACCACAAUUAAAAGUUGUAACUUGAUAAGUAAUAUUUCUACCUAAAUCCAAGCAAUAGUAUGUUAAACUAAGUAAUUAGAUAUGUAUUUUUUAUUUGAAACAACCUAACUCAUUUUAUGAUUGCCUUUGCGAUUAGUUCUCUUCCUUCUGAAUCCUCCUAAUUUCAUUUGAUCCUCAUCUUCUUCUCCUAGAUCCUGGUAUUGCCAUAUUUUCAAAUUAUUAGGCAAAUAUAUUAAACAGCCCAAAGUCACAG